UGGCAUUAGAUUAUAGGAGGGAGCAGCCGCCGACGAACCCAUCGCCCUGUACAACAAAAGUGUAUCGAUUAGCAACUGUAAAGCCGAGAUAAUCAUGGACGAGUUCUACCGCCCCCAGCCCCAGCGAGGCGAAUCGCAAAUGGCGCCCUCCUUCGUCAACAGGGCCAGCACCUCCCUACCGCGCCGAUUCACUGCAGAGUCGGGCCAUGUACCAACACUAUCCUCCUUUAUACCUGGUUCCCAGCGCCCAUCCGAGCCCACCGAGUUUGCUGCUACUCCUGCUGCGACUCUCCACAAGGUUCAGCUGUUAGAAAAGAAGAGACAGGAAUACGAACGAAUCCGAGAGAGCAAGCGGCGGUUCGAAGCCGAGCUCUCCAAACUGGACGCUCAGCAGCGUCAGGAAGAGCGCGAACUUGCACAGAUGGCAGAGGAUUUGCAGAUAGGCAGAUUCGCCGGCCACCAGUCCGAGCCGACCACACCCCCCGAGUAUCGCGAUGCCUCGAGAGGCUUUCCCUCCAUGUUUUCCCGCCCGAACCGGCACUCGACCGGGCUCGUUAACCGUGGAACCCGCUCUUUGCUUACAUCUCCGCCAUCGGGGAUGCUGCCAAUGCGGUUAGCCUUUGAUGACCAACUGCCGUCACGCUCAGGGCCAGGCUCACGAAGGAACAGUGACGAAGACGAGAAAGAAGAGGCUGUACGCCAGGAUCCCACCAGCCAUCGUUCCACCAAAGCGUAAGUACCUCCUCCUCUUGAAGCGCUUGAUAUGUUUUGCGUUGCUCCCAGUCUGCGAAGGCGCUGCUAUCCGAUGUGAAGCCGUUACGGUUCCUAUGAUGGGGCUGAAGAAGAGAUUACAAACCCCUCAAAUUUGACUGUGAAGGGUAUCGAAGUUUCGGCCCAUCUUUUUGCCUAGAAUUGCUCUUGCCCGGCCUCCUCUUUUGCUGGGUCCCAGGCAUCUCUUUUUCAUCCCAUCUUCU